AUAGCGACGACGAGUUCCCCAUCGAAUGGGUUACUCCAGCAUCCAAACUAGCACAACCGACCCAACCCUCCCCCUCUCCUUAUUAUUCUGCAAGUUUGGCCCCAGGACUCGUAUAUAAUAAUACCAGCAGUGGAGUCGGCAAUCCCAUUGCUGGUACCAGUAGCACUACUGGCGCGGCGGCGGCAGGGUCGUCGUCCUCGAAGCCCGUGCUGGACUUGACGGAUUCCCCGCCUCGAAAGCCCAAGACCAAACGUCAACGCAAGACGAAGGACGUCGAGCUACCUGUUCAAUCUGUCCAUAAGCCCAUGCCUACUCAGAUUCCUCAAACCCCGGCUCCUUUCCCAGAACUUGCUAUGUCACGCCCGACUCCGUCUGUCUGGGAUUACCCUCCCCCUCCGCCAGCCCGGGCUCCAGCUCCAGCUCCUGUCCAACAAGCUCCAACAACAACUCCGACGCAGAAACCUCCAGUGCCUCAGACUUCGACUCCGACUCCAGCCAAACCGCGCCAGCGCAAGGCGAAGAACACGGAGGACGCUACGGGCGUGCCUUCGUCGCAGAAAAAAGGAAAGGGCAAGAGCAAAGAGGAUGGCACUGGCAUUGGCACUAGUACGCGGCAGCCUAAGGCCCCGAAGGAGAAACCUGAGAAGCGCGAGGCGAGGUUCAAGUCUUCGUGUCCGCAGAACAUACGGGAGCGUGUUGAGCGCGUGAUGACCCAGAGAUUUUUUAUGGUUGACCGUACGCGGAAUGGGGAUGAGCUUAAGGAAGAGUUCGAUGUCUUGGGUUCUACCGGGAAUGUUUACAAGGUGAUAAUCGAGAAGACGCCGUCCUGCACUUGCCCUGAUUUCCUGAAAGGAAAUCACUGUAAACAUAUCCUCUUCAUAUUCCUAAAAGUUCUUCAAGUAAGCCAGGCGUCCGGGCACUGGUACCAAAAAGCCCUCCUCACCACCGAACUCGCCCAAAUCUUCGCCCAAGCCCCCAUCGCGCCCAACGCGCUCGCGAACCCCCGGAUCCGCGAAGCCUACGCGAAAGCGACGGGCAAGACCACCACCACGUCCUCCUCUUCCGGCUCUUCCGCCUCGAACAGCACUGGCAGCAAGAAACGGAUCCCGGGUCCGGAAGACGACUGUCCGAUCUGCUACGAAAAUAUGCAUAAGCUGGAUCUGGGAAAACUCACGUUUUGUCAGGAGUGUGGGAACGGGCUGCAUUCGGAGUGUUUUGGGCAGUGGGCGAAGACGGCGAAGAGGAAUCUUACGUGUGUGUUCUGUCGUGCGAAGUGGGUCCUCGCUGGUGCUGGUGCUGCUGGCGGUGGUGGUGCUGCUGGCGGUGGUGGUGUGGUGGCGGCAGGAGGAAGUCGUCGUACGGCGGAGGGAUACCUUAAUCUUGGUGCUGUAGCGGGUUUGAGCCCGGUGCGCGAUACGAGCACCUAUUAUCACGGACCACGGUAUGGGCAGAGACAUUAUGGGUAUCAGGAGUAUGAGGAAGAGGAUUAUGAGUAUUAGGUCUACGAUCAAGGAGCGAGGAGGGUGUCAAUAUCGAUUCUCAGAUCUACGGAGUACUAAUAGUAACAGGGGAGGAGGUCUCAUCUUUCUUGGAAUUCUUGAUUCAUCUCUACAUUAUUCACCGGCGAUCUCUCGGACGUCAGACUAAUACGGCCUAGCUGUUGUACACAGUGCACCAUAAUUCUUGCUUCACACAUACAC